AACUUUUCGACCCCUUCCCCUCGACAGCUUGCUAACAACCCCACGACAUUCCUUACAUUCUUGUUCUAUCUAUUUCUCCUUUGUCCACCAUGUUCCGCCCUGCUUCGCGACUAAUUGCCCGCUCCUCGGCCGUCCGCGCUUUCCCACGCCCGGCGACGACACGGAGAUGGGUGAGCACAGCGCCACCGACACAGAAGUCUAGGACGUGGAGGAGCGCAGUGAUGCGGUGGGGUGCUGCGGCGGGAGUUAUAUACUACUAUAAUACGACGGAUGUGUUUGCGGAGGAACCGGCUUACACCACCACACAGCGCGUCCCUGAAGCCGAUGAAGAAAACGAACAGCUCCAGACAAUAGAUGCACUAGCGAAGGAACGGGCGAAGCGGAAAGCUGCUCAUGCUGCGGCGAUGGAGAAAGCAGAGCGGGCAGAGACGCAGGGAACAGCUCUAGGUGUGGAGGAGCUGGAAGAGGAGGCUGAUCAACAGGGCGCAUUCAAUCCAGAGACGGGAGAGAUCAAUUGGGAUUGUCCGUGUUUGGGGGGAAUGGCGGAUGGGCCUUGUGGGGAGGAGUUCAAGGCGGCGUUUAGCUGCUUUGUGUAUUCGACCGAGGAGCCGAAGGGAAUGGAUUGCAUCGACAGGUUCAAGGACAUGCAGAACUGCUUCCGACAGUACCCUGAGAUCUACGGCUCUGAGCUCGAAGGCGAUGAUGAGGAUGAUGUAACAGAGGACGGACAACCGGCAGUGGCUCACGAAACCGCUUCCGAAUUAACGCCAGGAUCCGCACCGUCAAGUCCUCCCGCCCCACCUAAGCCAGACGAAGUUGCGACGCAAAUUCAAGGACAGCCACUGAGUCCAACUGCAGAACUGGAAUCCAAGAAGCAACACGCCCGGGCAGCAACAGAACAAGCCAAGAUGGAGCAUGAGACUCUAAGCGGGAGUGAUGAGGUUGUCCCUAAACCAUGGCACGAUGCGUCUGGUAGUGAGGAUAAGAGCUAGGAGAUGAGUUGCUGCGAUGCCUGUACGAUAUUUCCUUGCGGCAUCACUGGAGCUAGGUAAAAGGUCUUGGUAGCAUUUUUUGGUGUCCCAAAUCUCUGCUACACUGGGGAAAUUAUGUACAACAAAUGUAGAGUAUGGUGCCUG